AUGCCUCUGUACGAGGAGCGGCUCAUCAAUCCCCUCUCCGUCCGAUUCUCCCAGGACAGGAUGUGGGAGGAAUUCUCAGAUGGCCGCCAAGUAGAGGACACCGUGUGGGAGAUCUCUGCCAAGGACGGCGGACACGGCUAUGACCUCUUUCUCAGUCCCCCUUUUCCUUCGGUGGAGAUUGUCCGCCUCCGCCAGCAGCGGCGUGAGGGCUCCACGGGCGUCGUCAACGAGCGCGGCGAGCGCCUCUACGGUGAUGAGUCAUGGUUCACCUUCGACAACCGACGCCUCUACUGUCUCCAACGAGCUGCGCUCGAACAUUGGCCGCGCACCACCGCGGUGGUCGUGAAGGUCCUUUUCGACAUGCCAGACGUCCGCAGCGCGCGGCACAAGCCCAGCAGCCAGGGGAAAGUCGGACGAGAAACGUAG